AUCGCGAAUAAAUCCCAGGACACUCACCUCCCGAUGAAAUCCGAGAUGAUGAAUAAGGUUUUAUCAGAAGUUCGAACGAUGCGAGGGAGGCAGGAGCACUUGGACACUCGGCUGGGUGCGAUGAAGCGGGAGAACGAGGCCCUGUGGAGGGAGCUAGCCAUGCUGAGGCGAAAGCACCUCAAGCAGCAGGACAUUGUCAACAAGCUUAUUCAUUUUCUCGUCACCCUGGUCCAGCCUGGAAGGGGUGGUGGGCUGUCGGUCAAGCGGAGGUAUCCCCUGAUGAUCGAUAAUCAUCAGAGGAGCAAACACCCCAAGAUGUCAAAGCCGGAAGCGUCACCCACUGGACCCACAAUUCACGAACUCGAUGGAGAACACGAGCAUGAUUUGAACUCCCAAUACAUCGUCGCUGAAAUGCUGGAGAAUCACACGCCAGCGAUUCAAAGUCCGGCGUCGAUAGAAACGGAGCUAGACGACGACAACACCGAGACUAUCUAUCACACAGCUGACGAGACAGUUGACCGAGAGAUUCGACUGCUCCAGGCGCAGGAGGAGGCAGUGAAGAAGCAGCUAAACAUAAAACCCAAGAAGAAGAGGAAAAACAAGGUGCCUGUCAAAAUUCUGAUACCACCGACGCAAGCUGGGGCGAAACCGAGGCAAGAAACACUGUUGCUCGAUGUGAAUCCCGAGGAGCCAGUGCUUCCCAUUGCCCUCCUAGAGAACAAGAUAAAGCAAAAGCCAAAGGCAGUGCCCCUGAGGACAGUCAGAAGUUCAAAGCUCACGGCUAUGGCAGCUAACAUCAACAAGAUGAACUCGGGGGAGGAAUCUGAGGUCGAGGAGCCCCAGGAGAACGCCGAUGUCGACCUCAACGACAUUCUCAUCAUCCCCGAGGUGACGUUGAGUCAGGAGGAAGAGGGAGGGCCCAAGAAGAAUGGAGCCAGGGAGCCGGAGCUGGGACAGGCCCCCAAUGUCUAUCAGCAAGUUGAUCAGGACCCUUCGUCCAGUGCUAAGAGUAAAGAUUUGUCGUUGAGUCGGGUCAAUCCCUCGGGGACUGAAGCUAACUACAGGUUAGGAUCGAUGGAGGAGAUGGACAAUCAUCUGGAGACGAUGCAGAAUGAACUGGAUAAUCUUCGCGAUAUACUUCGUGGUGAAGGUUACAGUAUCGACGCCAACACACUGCUUGGACUUUUUGGGGGUGACGAUCCAAUGUCGUUUGGAAUUCCAAUGAAUCCCGAGUUGAAUCCAAAUCAGCGCGAUAGGGAUGAUGAUGAUCAUCUGUGUG